AAGCAUCUAAAGCACCAACAUGAGGGUUUGUAGAGCGCCAGUGGUACUCAAAGCAUGCAAAGCAGUUGCAGUGAACGGUCCGGUUCCAGCAUUUGGCUCUCAGCUCAUCUCUGGAUUCCCCAACCUCCGCUUUCGAAGCUGUGGGGAGCAAUGCUGCGCUUGGCAGUGGUGCUUCUCGGCAUGAUGGUGGGCUGGGGCUCAGAACUUUGUCUCAAUGACGGCGUGCCAGAAAGCCAGCGAGAGUACAUCCAGGAUGAUGCCGGCAACAACAUUCACAUCGGAGUGUUCGAAAUGGCUUGGGCAUCGUCCGCUCUUCUCAGCCAGAUGACAGCGCUGAUGAUCCGCGAGGUGCUUGGUUUCCAUGCUGAGGUCGAUCCUACAGUGGGUGGGAAUGGAGCUUCUCCAGUCUUCGCUUUGGCAGGAUGUACCGACUUCAACGACAAAGACAACAGGGUCUGCGGCGUCCAAGAAACGACGAUCCAUGUGAGCGUGGACUCUUGGAUUGGAAGCUAUGCUUCCACUCAGAAUCAGUUCGCCAAGGAGUAUCCAAGACUUGCGGCGGAGGAUUUAGGAAGCAUGGGGUAUGCAGGAGAAGAAUCCAUGUAUGUAAGCCGAGCGAUUCUCCAAGCUGCCUACAGCGAAUCGGGUCUCGCCCUGGAUUUCUACAAGAGCUACAACACGACGCAUCAUGAUCCGAAGAAAUACUUCGACUCCAUUCAUGGUGUGGACCUGUCAGAAUUGGCCAAGUGCAAUGAGACGGAUAUGAGCAAUCCGAGUCGAAUGGGAGACUAUGCCCGAUAUUCAGGUGACUAUGACGGGGUUGUAAACCAAACAGAUGGUUCAUUUGCUGCUAAGUGUGAUGCAAACAACCGCUGGUGGUUUGCUCCCGCAUGUCGUCACAAUUCCUCAGCAUGUAUCCCUGUCUUCACGGCCGGGACCGGUUGGAAGGUGCAGGCCAUGAUGCAGUGGUCAACUGCAUAUGGAAUUCCAGCUGCCAUUGCAGUCUCGGGCGGGUGGUCUUUGUUCGUGAAGCACGUGCAGACUUUCCGAGCUCUUCACUACUGGUGGGUUCCAGAUUCGACCUUCAUCGACAUGUUGCCCGAGCAGUUGAUUUUUGCCCGGCACAGUGCCAACGAAUGGCUCGCUGGAGACAAGAAGACCGGAGGCCUUGGAAGCUAUGUGUCCAAGAUGGUGAGCAACAACUUACGGUCCAAGGCUGGCAGAGUGCGAGAGUUCGUCUCCAACAUGAAUUUCGAGCUACCAGAAAUCCAAAAUCUUCUUUUGGAGUACAAGGAGUCUGGGUCAGCCCUCAAUGUUUCUUGCAAGUGGAUGCAAGACAAUCGAGCCAG